AGAUAGACAACAUUCACACUCACGUUCACACGUCCUUCUUUGGUGUUUGAGAGCGACGUGAACGGAGGAGGUGUUGUAACAAACAAAGAGGAACCAAGCGAAGAUAAGGGGGAACAAAAUUUUCAUAAAAAGAUUGAAGAACGAAAGCAGGGCAAGAGAUCACAUUUACGAAAAAACCAAGGAAAGAAUGGACAUAUUUUUUCUCUUCUUUGCUUUUCUUAUAGGAGGAUUGAAGGCUGAAACGAUGUCAGUCACAGGAGUGUCUGGGCAGAACAUCACAAUAACAUGCUCUUCCAAAGACAGAGAUGACAAUAAUAAAUAUUUCUGCAAAGAUCCAUGUAUGAAGAACUAUGAUAUCUUAAUAAGUAGCAGUGUUGAUAAAGACAAGUGGGACACCAACAAAUACAGUAUAAGGGAUGAAAAAAGCAUAUUUUAUGUUACAAUCUUUCACCUGAAAAAGGAGGAUUCAGGUACCUACUGGUGUGGCAUUGAUGUCCCUUGGGGGCGGGAUCGACUAGAAAUCGUUGUCAUCACUGUUAAAGAAGCAAUAACACCAGAGAGAGAGCCAACAAAAUUACCUGAACAAGUUCAUCCAAAAACGUCCUCAUCAUCAAUAGUACCAGAAAAAGAGCCAACAAAAUUACCUGGACAAGUUCAUCCAAAAACUUCAUCAUCACUGAUGCCGCUGUUUAUCGGAGCAAGCCUCGCACUGAUCGUACUCGUCUUGGCAGUAGUCAUCCUCAUAUAUUUCCGACACCAAAAAGCCCACAUUUGCACAUCUUCUGGAGUGCCCAAGACCACAAUGAAAGUCACUGAUACCGCUGUUUCCACAGACCAACUAAGAACAGUCACAGCUCAACGCCAGGAUUCCAGCAACUCCAUUGCUGCGUCCUCACUGGUUAAUCCAGACUGUCCUUACUAUUCCACCAUCGGCCACAACAGCCGCAGAGACAACAGCCAUGACCCUUCUCAACCUACAGACGUGACCUACUCCCUUAUUAGGUUCAGUGCCACAGCUGAAUCGCCACUCUACGGCAACUUAUGAAAAGUGGUGAUGCAGUCUCGUUGAAGCCGCGACUGCAUUCCACAAGGACUCAUCAGAUAACGCAGAAUGGCCGCGACAUGAUAAAAUACAGGAACUCAAGUUCUCACCUUUUUUUUUCUUUUUUGUCUCUUCUCUUUUCUCAAGUUCCACUUUCUAAUGCACAGCAACACAGGAGUCACAUCCGUGUCUCAAAAUAUCAUGCAAAUGUUCUCACAUUCAAAAUACCGAGGAUACUGUCAAGCACACACACACACACACCUGGAGAUAGAGAGAAUACAUAUACAUAAAGAAGCCACUAUUUCAUAAUGGAACACAUCUGCAAAAUGCCAGGCGGAAUAGAAAUAACAUUUAGAGUGACCAUCUACACCAUCACUGGUAAUAUUUUUUCUCUUGUUAUACUAUGUAAAAAACAACUGUUUUAGUAAUGUAUUUAUUUGCACUGUUUUCUCAGCUAUGCUUGCAAUAUUUACUGUAACAGACAGCAAAAAAGGCUCUCAGGCGAUCAGCAAAGAGUGAGGAUCAUCAGUGCAGGGGCCAACUGCUGUAUUCAACGAUACGGGAGAUCCUGCUGAUCACCCCAAUGAGGAGAUAACGAUCCGACCCUCGUCUGGUUUGGCUGUGCUCAAGCCUCCAGCAGACCCGGUGCACUAUUCUAGGGUCACUUUCCAUCAGAACUUAGGCAGCAUCUCAACAGAACAAAACCCUGAUAGCAACAGUGAGAACUCCUCUGGCAGUGGAAUUCAGGUUAAUAUGAAUCAAGAUGCAAAUAUUAUUUACUCUACUGUAACAAAUCCUAAGAAGCCAUGACAGCAUGUCAUUUGUUUUGGAGUAUUUUCAAUUGGCCUUGAAUGACUGAAAUGUUCUGGAAUUCAUUUUGACAUGUUUUAAGCAAUUAUUGUAUAUUUUGGGUCUCUAUGGAUUUAUUUUAUUUUUUAAUUUUUGGCACAUUUUAGCUACUUGAUAUUUCUAUCUUUUUUUUUUUUUUUUUACAUUUGUUUUUUUGUAUUGUUGACAAAUACAAUCCAGAAAGUACAAUUAAACACAUGUCAAAUGGCAAA